AUGACCGAAGUCAACAUUGGUAUUAACGGGUUCGGUCGCAUUGGCCGCCUCGUGGCCCGUGCUGCCAUCGAAAACCCCAAGACGAAGGUAGUGGCCAUCAACGACCCAUUCAUGGAUCUGGAUUACAUGGCGUACCUGUUCAAGUAUGACUCGACCCACGGCAAGUUCAACGGGACGGUGGAAACCAAAGAUGGUAACCUUGUCGUGAAUGGUGAGGUCAUUCACGUGUUCAAUGCCCGCAACCCAUCGGAGAUCCCGUGGGGUCAAGCCGACGCCACAUACGUGUGUGAGUCGACGGGUGUGUUUACGACGACGGAAAAGGCCAAGUCCCAUAUUGAUGGAGGAUGCAAGAAGGUGGUGAUCUCUGCACCAUCUAAGGACUCCACCCCAAUGUACGUGAUGGGUGUGAAUCACAAGGAUUACGACGGCUCGGCACACGUUGUGUCGAACGCUUCGUGCACGACAAACUGUCUGGCGCCACUGGCCAAGGUGAUUAAUGACAACUUCGGAAUCGUGGAGGGACUGAUGACGACAGUACAUGCCACAACUUCGACGCAGUUGCCUGUGGACGGUCCUGCAAAGGGCGGUAAGGACUGGCGAGGCGGCCGUGGCUGCGGCCAGAACAUCAUCCCGUCGUCAACAGGUGCCGCCGUGGCAGUGGGCAAAGUGCUACCAGUGCUAAACGGUAAGCUAACGGGUAUGGCGUUCCGUGUACCAACGCCGGAUGUUUCGGUGGUGGACCUGACGUGUCGCCUGGAGAAACCUGCGUCGAUGGACGCGAUCAAGGCCGCCGUGAAGGCUGCGUCGGAAGGUGAACUGGCAGGCAUCCUUGGCUACACGGAGGACCAGGUGGUGUCUAAUGACUUUGUGCACGACAAACACUCGAGCACGUUUGAUGCGAACGCAUGCAUUGCACUGAACGACAAGUUUGUAAAGCUCGUGGCGUGGUAUGACAAUGAGUGGGGCUACUCGAACCGUCUGGUGGACCUGAUGUUGCAUAUGGCCACGGUCGACAAGUAA